AUGGUGGGGCCAAGGUUUCCCUGGCUGCUCUGGGCCUACGCGUGCUGCUGGAGCGCUGGCUUUUGUGGGAAGGUGGUGGUCUGGCCCACUGAUGCAAGUCACUGGAUCAAUGUGAAAGUGCUGCUGGAAGAGCUCGUUCUCCGGGGUCAUGAAGUGACUGUGCUGGUGCCCUCGAGCAAUCUGCUUAUCGACUACCACGACACCUCCUCCCCCUUCACCUUUGAGGUCCUGCACGUCCCCUUUACUCAGAAGACCCUGGAAGAUUUCAUGGAGGACUUCCUCAACUUCUGGAUGAAUGAGGUCUCUAACGCCUCCCUCUGGGAGAUGAUGUGGAGGAUGAAAAAGGACCUGGAGGUCUUUAGCACUAUGUCAAAGCAGACCUGUGACACCUUGGUGAUGAACCCUGAGCUGAUAGCAAGGCUGCAGCAGGCCAAGUUCGAUGUUCUGAUCGCUGAUCCCCUGGCUGUAGGUGGGGAGCUCGUAGCAGAAAUCCUAGCAAUCCCUUUUGUCUACAGCUUCCGCUUCUCUGAUGGGAAUGUGGUAGAGCGGCUGUGCGGGGGGCUCCCGUCCCCCCCUUCUUACGUGCCUGCUAGCACAAAAGGGCUGACAGACCAGAUGUCCUUCGCAGAAAGGCUGCAGAACUUCCUCUUUUACGUUUACACGGAUCUAUUUUUCUUGAAGUUUUGGGAAGACAAAUGGGAUGGGUACUACAGCAAUGUCUUAG